AUGGCGGCCAGUCGUCAAGACGCAGCCGCAUCGGCUUCGCUGGGCACCCUUGCUCAGUACGUCCAGCAUCCGGCGGUACGCUGGCUAGCGCUCGUAGGUCUCGGCACAGGCUCCGUCCUCGUCGCCACCCAGCUUUUCUCUCGGUCUCCUACUCAGGACAAGCCUCCGCAAGAUGCAGAUUCAAGACAGCGCGAGUCCUCCCCACCACCGGCCUCGACUAGCUCCGGCAAGUCAAGGCGCGACCGCUUCAAAGACGAUGUAGAGCCGCUCGCCAUCUUCUGGGACGUCGACAACUGCGCUCCGCCCACUGGUUCGUCGGGUCGAUCCGUCGCCCUUGCUGUCCGUACCGCCAUGCAGAACCUCGAGAUCGGCCCCAUCGUCAGCUUCAAAGCCUACCUCGAGCUAUCGUCAGAAACACAGGCUCCCAACGCUGCACAGGUCCAGCUCCGAAGCGAGUUACAGGGCUGCGGCGUCAGUCUCAUCGACACGCCAAAGAGCGGCAGGAAGGAUGUCGCGGACAAGAUGAUGAUCACCGAUCUGCUCGCCUACGCCAUCGACCAACCCGCCCCCGCUACGGUCGUCCUCAUUUCGGGAGACCGUGACUUUGCGUACCCGCUUGGCGUCCUCCGCAACCGUGGAUACAACGUCGUUCUCGUCACCCCACCCAUCGGUGCCGUUCCGAUCUUGGAAGCUUCCGCCAACAUCGUCAUGUCCUGGCGUCAGGAUGUUCUUGGCGUACAAACRAACAAGGAUGGCAAACCCUACAUCAAUUACACCAACAAUGGUCCUCACACGCCCUCCAAGCAAGCAAACAGCGGCACUGGUGCAAAUUCCAGCUCUCAGACGCACGCCAAUGGUUCAUUGUCACACGGCAAACCGCCCGGUGCCUUGAAGCACCAAGAUCGACGCCCGUCCAACCGCACAUUACAGCUUUUCGACCCUCUCAUCCGACUGUUGGAGCAGAUGAAGAAGGAGGGCAAUCCGAAACCCCUGCGCUCCAUGGUUGCGACGCGCUUGGUCAGCAUGGACCGCGGCAUCUUUGUGCGAGCCGGCGCGGCAAAGUGGGGCGAAUACGCGGCGGUCGCAGAAGCCGCCGGCAUCGUGACACUCGGCUCCUCCGGCCAGGCUGGCUACGAAUGGGUGGCUCUACAGGACACGGCUCGUGCCGCUGCGACUUCGCUCCCCAUGAUGCAAAGCACUUCUUCGGGGUCGGCUGGUGCAACGCCAAGUCGGCAGAGACCAACCCUGUACUCGACACCCUCUAGCUCUACUUCCGAUAUCCCUCCCAGGGCCAAGCCAUUUCUGCCGCUGAUCGAGAUCUGCAAGGAGCAGAAGGCGCAGGGCAACUCGAAGCCGCUGUGCUCGUUCGUCGGUAUGCAGCUCUCCUCCAUGGCGCGCCAGGGAAUCGUAGACGCCUACUCUCUGGCCGGUGUUCCGGGCUGGAGAGAGUACAUUGCUGCAGCCGAAAAGGCAGGCGUCGCUCGUCCUGCCACGUCGGACCAGGAGGGCGUGCUCGUCGUCGAGCUCAACCCCAGAUAUUUCAGUGUGCAAACGGGCCAGAUCAUGCCGGGUGCCGCCCGCAUUCCGGACACCGCUGUCACACCCAGUCCCUCCGUCGACAAAAAGAUGUCGGCGGUGAAACGCAGUAUCAUGAACCUUGCACCAUCCAAGUCGACGUCCAAAGCGGACUCUCCGCUCAAGGGCGCCGGCCGCCCGAAACGCAAGGCCAUCAUGAACGGACACGAGAUCCCGCUCAUCUUUGCGCCUCUGGCUAAUCUGCUGCACGAGCAGAUGACUGAGGGGCGCAACUACUCGACCGACUACUUCUGCCAUUCGAUCGUCGGCACGCAGCGCACCUCUGUGGUGGUGCCUGGUCUGCGUGCCAAGACGGCGGAAGAGUUCCAGGACUACCUCGAGGCCGCGGUGGCUGCCAAGAUCGUCACCACCGAGUCUGGUUUCAAGCCGGGCGUGCGACACGUGCGGCUGCACCCGCGGUUGGUCAAGCCUGGUUCCCAGACGCAGGUCACGGAUGGCGAGACCGACGAGACCGACGAAGACGACUCACGCGAUCGCAUCAAGGUCAAGCUGUUUGCAGUCGGCAAGAAUAAAGACAAGACGGCGGGCACGAGCGACAGCGACGAGCCGCGGCCUGCACACGAGCUCGACGCCAUCCGCAAGGAGACCAGCCAGGUGCUGGCGUCGCUGCAGCGCUCCACAUCAUCCGAGGGCGCCACUGCUUCCGGACCCGUCCCCGCUGACGACGCCACGCGCUUCCGCCCGCUCCUCGAUAGCCUCGCCGCGCUCGCCCCCUCGUCAUCAUCCGGCGUCUCCAAGACCAAGCUCUCGAGCGAACUCGGAAAGCGCAUCCCAGCUUCCACGGGCCUCGGCGCCUUUUACCAGUCGCUCGGAUCGACCGGAUUCACCGACUACCUCCAGCAAGCCAUGCAGAAACGCCUGGUCGUCAUCGCUGAUGCGGACGCCAACGUCAUCCCGCACACAGGCUCUCUCAUCGGCCUCUCGGACUACCAUGUAGCCAUUGCCAAUUAG